CUGGCAGGCGGUGUGUGUAUGGUUGGUUGGUUUGUGGUUGUGUUGGAAGUCUCGCUCGCUUGUCAAUAUCACACACAACGAAUGCAUUAAUGCUAAGAGAUGGGAAUGUUGCAGUCAUGCUUCCACGACGAACUGCUGUAGCGCUGCUCGCUCUGUGUGGAUUAAUAGCGGUCGGCGAUGCUCUUAAGUGUAAUUGCACUGCCUGUGAGAGCAGCGGUUAUGUCUGUGAGACUGAUGGGGCCUGCAUGGCCUCUACAUCCCACAUUAAAGGUCAGGAGGAGGAGCAAGUUCGGAUCUGCAUUCCCCGUGUCAACCUGGUACCACCUGGACAGCCCAUCUACUGCUUGAGCGCCAAAGGCCUGUUCAACACACACUGCUGUUAUACGGACUUCUGCAACAGCAUCAACCUCCAGAUUCCCAGCGGGAUUACUGAAGGUAAAGAGGACAGCUGGGGUCCUGUAGAGCUGGUGGCAGUGAUAGCAGGCCCGGUCUUCCUCUUUUGCUUAUUGCUUAUCGUGGGAGUGCUCGUUUUCCAGCACCACCAGCGCAACUAUAACCAUCGGCAGCGACUCGACGUUGAGGAUCCGUCCUGUGAUCAUCUGUACUUGGCCAAAGACAAGACCUUACAGGAUCUCAUCUUUGAUCUGUCCACCUCCGGUUCAGGAUCUGGUCUGCCCUUGUUUGUUCAGCGAACAGUGGCCAGGACAAUUGUUCUGCAGGAAAUUAUAGGUAAAGGUCGCUUUGGGGAAGUAUGGAGGGGGAGAUGGAGAGGAGGGGAUGUGGCUGUGAAGAUCUUCUCAUCCAGAGAGGAACGCUCCUGGUUCCGUGAGGCUGAGAUUUACCAGACCAUCAUGCUCCGUCAUGAGAACAUCUUGGGCUUCAUUGCUGCUGAUAAUAAAGACAAUGGCACAUGGACACAGCUGUGGCUGGUGUCAGACUAUCAUGAACAUGGCUCAUUAUUUGACUAUCUCAACCACUACUCCGUCACAAUCGAGGGGAUGAUUAAGUUAGCACUCUCAACGGCCAGCGGCCUGGCACAUCUGCACAUGGAGAUCCUGGGAACACAGGGAAAACCAGGCAUUGCACAUCGUGACCUCAAAUCUAAAAACAUCCUGGUGAAAAAGAAUGGUACUUGUGCCAUAGCAGAUCUGGGGCUCGCUGUACGGCACGAGUCUAUCACUGAUACUAUUGACAUCGCACCUAAUCAGAGGGUUGGCACCAAAAGAUAUAUGGCCCCAGAGGUACUAGAUGAAACGAUCAACAUGAAGCAUUUUGAUUCUUUCAAGUGUGCUGAUAUCUACUCUUUGGGACUGGUAUACUGGGAGAUUGCACGACGGUGUAAUGCUGGAGGCAUCCAUGAAGAUUACCAGCUUCCUUACUAUGAUCUAGUGCCCUCCGACCCCUCUAUAGAAGAGAUGAGGAAGGUGGUGUGUGAGCAGAGACUACGGCCCAAUGUGCCCAACUGGUGGCAGAGCUACGAGGCGCUGAGAGUGAUGGGGAAGAUCAUGCGGGAGUGUUGGUAUGCCAAUGGAGCGGCACGGCUUACGGCUCUGCGGAUUAAGAAGACUCUCUCGCAACUCAGCGUCCAAGAGGACGUUAAGAUCUGAAAGAUGCGGGAUGCUGCAGAUCCCUGUAGAGACGCACAAGCGAAUAAAGACUUAAGCCAAAAGCAGCCUGCCAGUUUUAGCCCUUUUUUGAACCUUCUAAAGUUGUGACGAGGCCUACCUCACCAUCUUAAGACGAAACUACUGAGGUUGAGUCCAUCCCAGCCCUUUUCCAUUUCUCCAACAUCAAAGUUCCCGAUCGUGGAUGAGCCACCAACCGCUGAUUUCAGCACAACCUCCCUCCAUGGACCUACUGUUUUUUUUGGCAGGAAUGACAAUUGAACUGUGGCAGGCAUUUUGAUUUUAUCGUUUUUAUUUCACCACUUUCGUCCAAAAUGGACUUUGCCGUGACUUUUUUUAAAAGAAUGUUUCGAUUUCAUUUUUGUGCGUCCUCACACACUAAUACACCGUAUGUCAUAUCCCAGUGUGAAUCUAUGAUUAUAUAUAGUGCUCUACUGCUGUUGUGAGAAUGUGAAAAAAUGUGGAUAACACUGUCUCCUCCUGUUAUGACUAGCAAUUCAUGUACAAACCUAAGUGUAGCAAAGCGAACACACCGUGACUGUGUGGCAAAGUGGCAUUGCAGUUCUUUGUUCCUGUGGAAGAAAUGAAGAAGUGCAGAUUAUUUACUCCAGUAAAAAUCAGGCUGCAUUGGUUAAAAACUAACUUCAUUAAUAUGGUUUCGGGUUCGAAUGCUUUUAAAUGUUCACAGGGAGUGUGUGUGUGCGCGCAUGUAUGUUUUAUUUAAUUGUUUUCGGGUUCUUAAAAUCCGUAUUGUGAUUGCUGAAUUCAUUGCGGGAUGAUUGUUUAGUCCUGUUGUCCGACGGCAUACUGAGAAAAUAAGAGAGUUUUUCAGGAAAGUCACUACCACUUGUAUGCGUUUUUAAAAAUCAACUUAUUUUAAUGGGAACGUUUAGUAUGUUCUGUUCCCAUUAUUCUGGGAUGUUGGCAUGUUAAACUGCACUGUUGAUAUUUGUUUGCAGUCAGUGUCCUUUUAAGGAUGUAAUAGACACACACAUGUAAAGUAUUGAAGUAAAAUAAUGCAUCUCUCUA